CAUAUGGCAUCACUGUAAAAUUUAUAUUAAUUUGCGAAAAGCUAGGAAAACAGGAGUAUUUUAUCUUACAAAAGAUGGCGAAUUAAUACAAAUAUUUGUUUGAAUUAAACAAAAUUGGUUAUUUUGAAAAUUGUGCUGAUUAAAUAUAUAUAUUGUGCAAAUAUUAAAGAAGAUACACAUCAAAAUGUACUCCGCUGGUGAUUCUAGUGGAGACGGCUUAAGCGGUCUAAAUCAAUUUGCUGGCAUGAGUGGGUCGAUAGACUGGGCAGCUAUGGCCCAACAAUGGAUUCAGAUGCAUGACACUAGUAAUUUUAUAUCAAUGCCAGAUGCACCGCCACCACCAAAUAUUAGUAAUACACUUAAUGAGGUAAAGAUGACAACUACAACAACCACGACCGCAAUUAAGAAAUCAUUCGAUGAAAAAGGAGAAGCCGAUAUGGAUAUGGACGAAGACGAAGAAAGUGCGAGAUGUGGUGAUACACCACCCUCUCCAGCGCCUUCAACGCAACUAGGUAAAAAUAGAGAUCAUCCAGUUAUGCAACCACAAUCUCCAUGGUUUAUGCAGCAGCCAAAUAUAGUUGUUGGACCACCGGUAGCUGAAAAUAUACCCGGUAUAGGUAAUACCACAACGCCAAUCAUUCCAUCUGCACCACAAUGGAAUGCCACCGUAUGGCCACCACGUAUAAAUUUACCACCCCCGGUUCCACCAACUAUGUUAAAUGUACCAUUAAAUAGUCCUAUGCCAAACCCAACAGCACAUAUACCAUCCCUACUAAAGAUGAAUGUACCAAACCCUAACAUUGUAAGAAUGAUUUCAGCUAAUACAGGAGAACAAAACCCAACACAAUCCGUGGUGGAUGCAAAGAAAAGGAAAAUGCUUCCAGCUUGGAUAAGGGAGGGUUUAGAAAAAAUGGAGCGGGAAAAACAGAAACAAUUAGAAAGGGAACAAAACAAGCAACAUGAAGAUCCGGAAGGUACUGAUGACACUAAAUAUACUGAGUUUGUAGGUACAACCGAUGAUGCAACGCACACGGUAAACAUGAAAUAUAAACAGUCUGCGGAGAGGGAGAACGAUAGAUCAGGUUGUGAGGAUGAGGGGGAACUAGAAGACUUAGAUGGCGUAGCAAUAACCGAUGACACAUUGGUUCUACUUCAAAAUCCAACCCCGAACGACGAUGAUGGCAGUGGCAAUAGUGGCGCGGAAUACGAAACAGAUAACGAAAAUAGUUCUGAACAGCUAAAUUAUAAGGGUAAAAGAAGCUAUGAAGAUAGACUUGCGGACCUGAUGAUAGUGGUGCGGACAACAUUAACCGAACUCCUACUUGAUGUUACAAAUCAGGAGAUCGCAAACUUGGCGCAAGAAGCUGUCAAUGCACACAAAGCCAAAGCGUCAUCAGCUCAAGUGAUCCGUAAAAGCGCGCUAUCCUCCAUAACCGGAAAAUUGGGCUUAGCAGCAUACGAUGAUUCUACAGGUGAUGAGAGUAGCGACUCCGAGGAUGGUGCCUCCGCGGAUAAUGAUCCAAACAAUGACUCAGAGGAAGAAUUAAAGGCGUCCAUACGUGCGAAGCGACGCGCUUUUGCUAAAAUAACCGAGGAUAUUGAGGAAAGCAUUGCUGCGAGUGCGGCACGUGAGGAGCAAAAACUAAAGUAUUACACUUCUUUGGAAAAGCAAAAGGACGAUGAUAAACCGUACAAGAAGGAGAUUACAGUCGGCGAUAUAGAGCGAAAUGAAGAAAACUCAACGUCUACGGCCACAUCAAGCACAGUUAGUAAAUCAUACGACCGGGAUUUUGGUGAGACAACUGAAACAAAGUUACAAAACUCAAACGGCAAACGUCAGAAGGAUCGGAAUUCGCGAAAAGAACGUACCACACGUUUCAGCGAUAAUAAAGAUUCGAAAAGCGCCGCUGCUGUUGCUGCAACUUAUAUGUCGAAAGUACACGGGGUAAAUGCAAAUUUGAGUGGAAAUCCAAAUGGCAGCACAAUUUUCCCUGUUGUUUCCACCACGAACGCCACCUCAGUGCUGGCCGCAGGGAGUACGUCAGCGUCAUCGAUUGCAAUGGCGCCCGAAAGUACCCAUAUCGCAUACAAUGUAGCAAGUAAACUUGUUGACGAUAGUAAUAGUGGUAGCGUAACAGCACUAAAUAAAAACUUAUUAAACGCAGCUGAAGCUGCUUACGAUAAAGUUACGAAAGGUCAUCGUGCGAGCAGUAGUCGUUCGUCUGCUUCACGUACGGAAAGGGAACGCAGUCAUCGUAGCAGACAUUAUGAUCAUAGAGAUCGUGAAAGUGAUCGUUAUAGGGAACGUGGAAGCGAACGAGAGCGAAAGCGCAAUAGGGAGCAUGAAAGUACGCGUGAUAAAGAUCGUGAUAAAGAGCAUCACCAUCAUAAAAAUAAACGAGAAGAUCACACUAGUGACGAGGAUGAUGGCAAGGAGGAAUCGCAAACAUCAUCAAGCGAUACAGAUACCUCGAGCACAUCAUCAUCAACAUCGUCGUCAUCUUCUUCGCAACAAUCAAGCCACUACAGUCGCACAUCGACUUCGUCUAAGAAAAGGCGUGAACAUGAGUAUGAUCGACGUAAAAACCGUGACGAACGUAGUCAUCGCAGAACAAGGAGUGGGCGCUGUCGCAGUCGUAGCCGUCAGCGUAGUCAUCACCAUAGCCAACGUGGCAGCAGUUAUCGCCACUCCAGCGCAGAGGAUGACAACGGCAGGCGCAGUCAUCAUUCAUCUUCGCGACAUGGUUCGUCGAGGAAACAUUCGCGUUCCCGUUCACGUUCAACAUACUCAUCUUCAUCCCAUUGGCGUAGACAUUAAUUCAAUGUCGCUUGAGUGUAGUGUCUUUUUUUUGUAGAAAAGAAAUGCAUUGUAUUCUUUCUUUAUUUUUUUUAUUAUUAUUUUUGUCAUGAUUUAAAUAUUUGCUUAUGACUCUUAUUUUAACUACAGGUAAUAUACAUUUUUUUUAAAUUAUCUUUCGGCAUCAUUGAACAAAACGGAAUUAAUGUAUAUAAAGAUAUUCGACUUCAAAUAGGUGUAUUCAUUAUGAAUUUAAAAUUUUUAAACUAUAUAAAAAAUAUUCGCGUUGAGUAAUAAUAAACACAAAUAAAACUGAGCUCUUUAGAAAUCCGCUUGAAAAGAAAUAUAAUAAAUCAUGCUUCAAAACUAAA